UUCCUUCUUCGUUCUUUUCACGAUCUUCUUGAGAUAGCCGUCAAGGUUUUGGAGUUUUCCAUGAGGGUCGCCACUUGCAGGGGCACGCUGUCCUGCGCAUUUGUCUCCGAGAUAUAGAAAUCGUUCUCUCCGUUCGAGAGCCUCCCUACUCUUCCCGCGAUGUCCUGGAAUUUAUUACAUGGUGCUGUGUCUUUAGGAACACUGCUGGCGACUUCGUGGUUGAACGUAAUAUUGUACACGUCCCAGGUCGCUUUGAGUAUCUACUAUUUGCAUCACUUUACGGCGUUGAGGUGGUUGCGCUACUGGAUCUUGGCAUCCUUAGUCCUCGACGGAGCUUGUUCGAUCGUCGUUAUGGCUAGCAUCUACAUGUAUCUGGUUAUCAACCCUUGCCCAUUACAACCCACGUUUACAUGGACCGUCCCGACAAUUGAGUUACUCACGUACAAUUCUGCAUCAAUUGCGCAGGCCUUUUUUUGUUACCGACAUUGGACGAUCGCAAGGAACAAGUGGAUCACAGGAUGUAUAAUUAUCCUUAUCACAGCAUAUAUGGUUUGAAAUCUGAUAUCGACGGUCCAUGUUAUCAUCUACCCGAAGCAACUCGUUUCAGCCGUACCUCUGAUAAUGUACGCUUAUGCACUAGCUAGCUCACUGCACAGGCUGCUGCGUUUUCGAUGGCCCAAAAUGGAACCCAAAAGGCUUCGUUUGCGGCUUCGGAUUUUA